AUGCUAAAGGAAGAAAUCGAAACAAAAGACGAAAGCGGGAAUUCGACAUUUGAAACAGAAGAAACCGAAAUUGAAGUAGGAGAAUUCUUACAAUUCUUUUGGCAAAAAAAAGAAAGUGGGCAAUUAGCUAGUUACGAUGGAGAUUUUGAAUCACCUCGCAUACCUAAAGAAGCUGAAGUGCUGGAUGAUAAUUUACCUAACUUAGCUGAAAUGGCUAAUGUGCUAGCUAAAUCUUCUAAUGCUUUAAUUACUUCUUUAGAAAAUUUAAAUCAAAGAAUGCAGGAACUAAAACAACAGGUUCAAAUAUCCAUGACUGGUCAAAACAGUGGUGUUCAAGCAGAAAUUAUACAAUUACGUAGCCAGUUAGCUGAUUUAGCCCAGGAAGUUCACCGAAGAAAAAAUACAACUACCAUUGUUGCUACUGUCGCAGUAGGUAUUGCUACUGGUGGCACUUCACUAGUUAUCCAAGCUGCUGCGAUUGGUGGUGCCUAUUUAGUAGGUUCGGCUCUGGAUGCUGAUCGGAAGAAGCAAGAGAAUGAAAAUAAGCAACUAAAUCUAAAAGGUGAAAUAUCUAAGCAGAUAAGGGAUGAAAUUAAUAAUCUCCAAGAUGAAAGAAAUCAAAAAGCUAGCCAACUAAACACUCUGGAACAGCAUUUAGCUCAAAAGCAAAAUAAACUAAACGACCCUAAUACUCCGGAAUAUGAAAAAGCCCAAAUUAGAAGUGAAAUAACCAGUUUUGUAGCACAAAUAGACAAGUUAAAAAAAGAGAUAAAUGGUUAUGAUGAUAAGAUAAACGGUCUAAUCAAGCAAUCAGGGAAAACAAUUACUGGCGGAACAGAGAAAGGAGCAUCACAACUUCUUUUAUAUGAAUAUGGAGAACUAUUCAAAAAAUUAGAAGUAAUAAAUGACAAAGCCACGGCGGAGAACAAUAAAAAUAAUAGCAGUAACAAUAUCAACACAGCAAAAAAUUGCUCUGAAUGCAAAAACUCAAUAACCGGUCAGUGUCUACAAGACGAUGGAAAAAAGUUUUGCUCUCAAUAUUGUUUUGAUAACUACUAUGUGUGCGAUAAAUGUCAGCAAAAAAUCACUGGUAAAUAUUAUAGUAGUGGUAGUAAUCAAAACACAAACAAAAAAG